AUGUCCCUGCUGUGCCUGCUGCUGCUGGCCCUGGCCCUGGCGGCCUCCCCUGGUGCCCAAGGAGCCUGCCCGGUGCCCGCUGACCUCAAAAACGAGGACGGAACGCGCAUAUGCGCCAAACUCUAUGACAGGAGCGACCCCUACUAAGACAACUGCUGCGCAGGCGCUGAGCUGUAGGUGGAACCAGGCGCGGACCUGCCCUUCCUGCCCUCUGACUGGGCCAACACGGCGUCCUCACUCGUGGUGGCCCAGCACUGCGAGCUCACGGUGUGGUCCCGCCCGGGCAAGGGAGGCAAGACGCGCAAGUUCUCCUCCGGCGCCUACCCGCGCCUGGAGGAGUACCGCAAGGGAAUCCUGGGGGACUGGUCCAACGCCAUCUCCGGAUGCUACUGA